AAUAACAUAACAAAAACAUAUUUUGUCAUAAAUAUGUUGUUAGAUUGGUAUUAAUAUAAAGUUUUAUAUUAUAAUUUUUUUCAUUUUCAUUAAUAUUUAAUUACAUAUAAAUAAGGUCAAACUAAUAGAUCAGCAUAUGUGUAAAGUUUGACCGUGUCAAUUUUCUUUUGGGAUAAAGAGAGCAAUUUAUUAUUUGGGUGGUUAAGUAAAGCCAUAAAAGCCGGUGACAAGAAUUACUGAUCCCAGAAUCCUCAGAAAUUGAAAGAAAAACUCUAACCACAUGAGAUAUUUAAAUUUUAAAAUGAUGAAAUAUUAGUCUAUAUAUAGCUCUUAUGCAAGUGGCUUGGCUGGGGAACAUACACAACAGUUGUUGGAGACAUUUGACGGAAAUGAAGCUAUCUAUUACUUCUACUCUUCUUCUGGCACUUCUAUUGGUUGUCAAUGUAGCUCAUGGAUGUAACGACGACGGCGGUGUUGGAGAGUACUGGGGAAAGAAAGCAAUUGAAACACUUUCAGGCAUAAAAUCGAACGAGGAACGCCAAAACUCCGGCGAGUAUUGGGGAAAGAAAGCAAUUGAAGCCCUAGUAGGCUUAAAGUCUAACGAUGUACACAAAUUUAAUUCAAUUGUCAAAGACUUUAAGUUUAAGCCUAAUCAAUGGCAAUAUUUGGAUACUAAUCCUAAAUUGGAAAAUGGGGAAACAACAACGUAUUUUGUUAAAGACUUUGUGCCUAAGCCUAACCAUGUUCUACAAUGGCACCAUGGUGCGGCUAGUCAUGAUGAUGAUGAGGUAGCCCCAAUAUAUUUUGUGAAAGAUUUUGUGCCUAAGCCUAACCAUGUCCUACAAUGGCACCAUGGUGCGGCUAGUCAUGAUGAUGAGGUAUCCACAGCCAAAUAUUUUGUGAGAGAUUUCGAGCCUAAGAUUAACCAUGUUCUACAAUGGCACCAUGGGGCGGCUAACCCUACCAAGGAUGUUUGGCCAACUAUCAAAUCUGUUGUGACCGGGUUCAAGUUCAACUAGCCAGACCGGCUAAUGGUGUGGUAUGCUAGAUCAAGCCCCGUAGUUUAUCUAGUGUGGCAUAAGACUAAUCUGACUAUGAGUAAGCUAAUUAAGUAAGUGUCUAUUAAUAAAUAAAGGUGGUUUGUUUAGAGUCUAUUUGAUGUACUAAGAUAGAAUGAACGUUCAUCAGUUAUGCUUUGUUAUGCGUAAGGAUUAGUACUAA